AGAAGAUUGCCGCAAGUGAUGAUUUACCAGGUUGGGUCGUGCUGUGUCUUCCUAAGAAAAUGAGUUGUUAGUUUGCGCCUUGUCAAAAUCAAGGGCGAUCACGGCCUCCAUGUAUUUUAGCUAAUGAAAUGAUAGGCGGUUAUGCCUCGAUGGCUAAUUGUUUUUGAAUACGUGUUUGUUCGCUACAAUAAUGUAUGCAAGUCUAACCGAUCCAAGCUAAACUGGGUUGUUCGAUUUGUUGACAUCCUGUUUUUUUUUUUUCCCUCUAUUUAACAUGCAGAUAUAGAAAUCAAUCCUGCUAUAUGAACCUAGGAAUGGGGAAUGUUGGUUCCUUUUUCUGACAAUUGCGAAGGGCAAAUUGUAACCGAAUGCAAAUUUAUCUAUGCAGCUCUAUUCAUUUGUAGAGAUUGUCUUCCAGCAUGGAUUUUUAAAGAGUUAUUUAGUGGUGGUCAUUGCCUUAUAAAUGAAUACAACAUCAUGUUAACAGGGCUUACCUCUUAGGUGUACAUGGAUGUUAUGGGAAGCUUGAGAGCGAGGGCUUUAUUUUAGGUGAAAAAUGAGUUUGUUAAAGGCGUAUAAAGUGUUGCUGAUACUACAAAUUGAAUGAGCGCACCCUACCCUGAUCAUAUUCCUCAAUGGGAGUUGAGUUUUGAUUUAGUAUCUUGUGUUUUUAUAUGAAGUCCCAGUCCAUUCUUUUUCUCUGCUGAGAAAGAUGAACACUUCCAAACAGGGUUUGUACACAUGAAUACCCUAUACCAACCUUAAACUUGGCCCAGAUGACAUGAUGUGGCACGCUUGGGAUUGCAUGUUUAUGUUAGAUUUUGAUGUCGGUUAUGGAAAAACCAAAAACAAAAUAUUUCAGUCACAGUAAACAUUGUUGAACUAGAAGCCUUUGUGAGAGACUCCAAGAGGGUAAUUAUAGAAAGUUGAAGAGGAUUUUUAUAGUCAAAGCAGUAGUGGUUGUAUGUGGACGAGGAUAUAAAUGGAUGAUAAAAAUUUCUGUAACCAACACUAUAGAGAGCAUGUAUGUUUGCUUAUCUAUGUGGCCUUGCUGUUUUUUUCUAAAUCAAGUUGUUUUCCAGAAUGAGCCUUGUGAUAAAGUAAUGAAUGUAGCUUCAUUCCUUAAGAAUCAUGGAGGUUACCACAUUUCCAUGUGUUAUAUCUACUAAGUAGCGCCAUUUAUGUAGUUGUGGAUUGUACCUUGAAAUUACCUAAUCUUGCCUACGAGGCCAUCUGCUCGCUUGUGGUUAUUUUGGGCUUGGUCAAUUAUUAUUCAAGAUGCCACCUUUUUUUGUGUUGAUGAACCUAAUAUACCGGUCUUCUUUUCUUGUUUUGUUAUGGAUUUAUUUUAUUUUAAUUGAUUGGGAAUGCAUGCUAUUAUAUUUGUUUGUGUCUUUGUGAGCAUGUGGGUAUGUUUAUGUUUCUAUACAUAGGAUGCAGAAACAUCGAAUGUCUCCCAGGUCAUAAAUUAGAAUAUUACCAUUUGCUUUAAUGGCAUGUGUUUCAGUGCAUGCAAGGUUCGAUGUAUCUGCUUCAAGUUCCGAUGUAUCUGUUUCAAUCUUGCAUUUAAUAUAUAAUUUUGCUGUUCCCUCUCUCUUUUUAUUUUUUUAUACUUUGCUAUUCCUUAUUUUACAAGAUCAGCAAGAUCCUUUUUUUGUUUGCCAGUAGAAGGGAAAAAAGUGAUGGGAAAUAAUGAAAAGGACCAACCAUUGCCAAAGUUCGGGGAAUGGGAUGUCAACGACCCAGCAUCAGCUGAGGGAUUCACAGUAAUCUUCAACAAGGCUAGGAAUGAAAAAAAGACAGGUGGCAAGCCUGACUCACCAGCAAAGGAUAGUUCCACAUACAAGCCUGGUGCUACCAAUACUCUUGGAAAGCCUCAGACUAAAAAAUGGUUUUGCUGCAUACAAGCUACUCAUGCAGAAUAAUGAAGUGGCUCUUGCAUUGUAAGAGCACUGAUGGCAAGAUAUUAUUUAUCUACACCUAGCCCCAGCAUACAAUCCAGAAGACUGGAGCUGUUUUCAGAAGCUAUGAUGGGUCCUGCAGAAAUCUAUUUGUUGUGGCUUGAGCUUUGGUAAUGAUGAGGGCUUGGGGAAGCAUGUGAUGAAAGAACACUUUUAUUUUCUGUUUAUGAAUACCGAUGGGUGAUUAUUGAGGUUUGUGCUUGUCUGCUCCAUUCAAUAUGUCCCAUUAGGCAAUACUGUUGUGACAUUCUAUGUUUUGUUUCGAGUGAUAUGAUUUUCUUGUGUGUA